AGUCCUUCUGCAACUGCCACGGACGCACGCACCAAAAGUCCAAAGAAAGAAACGGGAGUCCAGGUCUGACAAAGAAGCUGCAAAAAGACAGAAACUACCUUUGAUAGUUUACCGAGCUGCAUUUUGCAGGAUACGUAGUUCAAAUAUCGCAUCACGCUCGUGCCACACGCCUGCUUUUGAGCAAAGAAAUAAUUUCAAAUGUAUAAAGAGAUGAUAUUUUCUGACCAGACUGAUAUUCUUUGUGAGCAUAUGUAUACAGAACUAUCCACACAUAAGACACGUAAAUCAUUUGAUGAUGUGACCAUCUCUAGUGCCGAGGCCCUCAAACAAACAUCCGGGGUGCCACUAUUUGCUGACGAUGCGGGUACAGAAGGACCGGCGAGGCGUCUGUCUUCGGUUCUCCGCAUCUCUUAUUCCUGUGGAUGGCCCACAUGAAGCGCACCGCUGUACCACUCAACGUGCAUAUACAAUUAAUAAUAAAAAUAUGUAGGAGAGAGCUGGACCUUCUGGUUUCUUUUUCAAGAUGCCUGUUUCACACCGAGGAGGCGUCAGCGUGGUUUGGCUUCUCUUUGGGUCUCGGACCACCAGGGUAACGAUUCGGGUCGAGCAUCUCAGCAUCCGCUGCCUCGUUGUCUUCUUUGUCCAGCUCGUCCCUCCAUCAUAGACCUCGCCUCUCUUUCACUCUCUCUUAUUGACUUCCAGAUUUUCCUAAUAGAUAAUGUGGAGCUCUUUUAAUUUUUCUAUCGUGCUCGUGGUGCCAAUGAAAGUCUGAAAAGUAACAAUGCAAAAGCCAAAUAUCUUCCAUCCGUCACAAUGAACAGUGUGCGUAGCUAGUCCAGCUAGGCUAACGUCUGUGCCCCCUCAGCUUGUAUUAUUGGAAUUCCUUUAAUUCCAAUAUUGAUCAAAAGAAAAUGAAAUUCAAGCUUUUGAUGAAAUAAACAUUGUACAUACAAUUGAAUUAGCCGUAUUCUUGUAUCUGCCCAUGACAGUCAAUGACUUCUGGACAGUUUUCCAAACCACGAAGAAAUGUUCAUACAAAAGUAUGGAUUAUCAAUCAGGUUGAAACUUCCUCUUUAGAUAUGAAGUAAUAUUAACUAGACUGAACUGCCCUGAGAAACAGGACUAUGGUUAAAUAAUGUAAACUUGUAUUGAAUCUGGGUCAGUUCUUCUUUUUCUCCUCCUCCUGUCAAGUCUUCUGUCCCUCUGCCUCCUCGUCCACUUGUCCUUCAGCCAUCCGCCUCCAUCUUCACUUCCUCAUCUGGGCUCUGUCUCCACCACUCCUUACUGUCCUUCUUCUUCUUGUCCUCUCCAGAAUGUCCGCCCUGUAUCGGCCGUGGUGCCCCAUCACAUACUUCAGCCAUCAAAGCCUUCUGGUAUUCGUUGAUACAAUUUUACAGGAGAAGCAGAAGUCCAUUAAAGGAUAUUUAGAGAUGAGGAAAUCCUCAUGGAUUUUGUUGAGCAGAGAGGGGAAGGUUAGACACCAGGAACCUUUCUGACAGCGAUCACUCUGAAUAGGGAGAGGCAGAGUUCUCCAUCCUGCCCUUAGUGGACACGAGGCCUUCCCUUUACUUUUAAUAUCUGACCUUCUCUGAACUUAUGUCAGUGUUGUUUUUAGUCCUCGUCUUUAUCUCUUGUCUCGUUCUCUCUCCUCUCUUUCCCUCCUAUCUGCACACACACAGACACACACACACACACCUCUCUCUGUUAUUCCCAAUUGACCCACUCUCUCUCUCUCUUGAUUCCUCUUUUACUCUUUCAGUGUUUUCACGAUUCUCCUCUUCUCCCUCAUUCUCGCCCUUCCCUUUUUAUCUGUAACUGCAUCUCAUGACCGAGCUUAGAGCCGCCUUCAGUUUAACUCGACUAACUGCUUCCCCCACCAUGUGUCCCCUUUGGUAGACCCCGUCCCCUUACCCUACAGUACUAAUAAAGGCUGUUGGUCCAAAACAAAAAAACACAGAAAGGACAUCGAUCAUCUCCUUUUCAGCUUCCUUUAUUUUAUUGUUUCCUUCUUCCAGGGAAUGCCACGUCUGUAAUCCUCUCUAACUUUGAGAACCCCUUAAGACAUGGAACCCGUGUGGCAUUUAGGGAGAUCUUGACUUGAUGUGAAACACUGACAUUGCUAUUCCAUUUAAAUAAGGGAACCACGAAUGUAACAACGUAGAGAGCAAAAUAAAUCUGUAAAUCAGCAUCCAAGUUGGAUUGAGGAUACUCUCUUUGUGCGGAUGCACGGCCACAUGUACUGUGAAAGUGGGUUUUGAGGGAAGUCGGGGGGGUUGAGGGCUGGGUAGCAAGUUUGGGUUUAUAUAAUGGGAGUGAGGUAAAGGCAUGUCGCAUGCUCCAUGUGUCCGGGGGUCUGUGGGAUUUUUUUUUUUUUCCAAGGUGGGUGUUGUGUUGCAUGCGGUCGUCGCACUCUUUGUCGCAUGGCUACGGGCGACAUGGAGCCUGCACGCCGAGCGCUGUGGAUGUUGGCCGAUGCCCACCAGCCUGCCGCACACUUUGGCUUUGGGCAUGCCCAACACUCGCACACACUCCGGGAACACACAAGCAUGCACACAACCCCGCCACCGCCAUCGUACUGCCGUGCUUGCCAGUCGUGAGUGCCCAACGCUCAUGUUCGUGGGUAAAUUCAAUGGACGCCAGCUGGUCGGCAUGGGAACGGCAAGCGGGCCCCGGACCGGGCCCGCCUUGCCCUGUUCUAAUCCGCAGGUUUCUCCAUUGGUUUUACCUCGCACAGUAUGGACUUGUAAAAGACAGGGAACCUCCUUACAGGUUGGGGGAGCUCUAUAGCAAAUGCCUCAGUUAAAAAAAACUUCAGCUGUCUCCUGAAAAAUAGCAUUAUUACACCAGUGAUACUGUUAUUGUCCUCCAGUCGACCGAUUUUGUCUCCAAAAGACUGCAAUUAAGCUCCCUUAAUUGCAGUUGUGUGUAAGUAGGGAGGACUCUUGGGGUUAGAGCUGGUGGGGUGAUGGGGGUAUGUGGAUUUGGUGUAUGUCCUGUUUCAUAUUUAUACCUACAUGUGUGUAACAACAGAGAUGUGUGAAUGUGCCAAUGCAUUCACACAUUUGGGGAACAUGGGCACAGGUUGGGUCGGAGGCCAUUCCGGCUCCGAUUGUUCUUCCGUGUGGUUCUCGGCUCUCGCGGUUGCUUAGCAGCAGGUGGCCUUGGUUGGAUAACUGUGCUGUUUCGUAGAGUAUCACUGGAAACACAGGAGACGCAAGUUUCUUUUUCUACACGCUAAUGCACGGGUGAAAUUACCAACACUGUGCAGCAGACUGAACGCAUGGAUGCUCAACAGUCGCUAUGUGGAGGGCAAACCUUUAAGUAAAAUGGACUGACUUGACUCCAUAAGCUUCAUAAGCAUCAGAAUCCUUUCCUGGACUCCAAUCCGUUUCAGUAAACAUCCAAUAAAACCACCUCUAAUUGGCUGUUGUCUAUGGAGCUCUCUCAACCCCUGCCCCUUCCCGGAGGUUCAGGCACACCACCCUAGCGAGGACACGUCCCUUUCUCAUCCUCUCAUCCUGACUGGCUCUCCGCAGAGGCUGCUGCGCAUGGAUCUGCCGGUUGCCGAUGACAACACGGUGCAUUUUAACUCCACCCUCAUGGCUCUGAUCAGGACAGCACUGGACAUAAAGAUUGCCAAGGGCGGUGCAGACAAGCACCAGAUGGAUGCAGAGCUGAGAAAAGAGAUGAUGGCUAUUUGGCCAAACUUGUCGCAGAAGACACUGGACUUGCUGGUUACGCCGCACAAGGCAGCCACAGACUUGACGGUGGGCAAAAUCUACGCUGCCAUGAUGAUCAUGGAAUACUACCGGCAGAGCAAGACGAAAAGGCUGCAGGCCCUGCGAGAGGAACAGAACCGAACGCCAUUAAUGUUUCAGCGCAUGGAGCCCUCUGAGGGAGGGGGCACGGACGGCCAGGGGGGUCAGGGCCUCAACGGCCUCCCCAGCACCCAGCCAGACAACAUCAUCAGCGUGCCGCCAGAGGGGGGCGUGACCGAGAGUCAAUCGUGGGUGACGGCCAAAGCCCAGGAGAUGUUCCAGAAUACGGGUAACUGGAGCCCCGACAGACCGUACCCCGACGAUCUCCACGACAACCGUCACAACCCGCAGGUAUGAUGAGCGCUGAACGCCGUCACCACGGUAACGCAACUAUUGGAGCGCUGGCAGUGCCCUGCUCACGAGGACCUGUUGUCUCUAACCACGGCAGUUAUGGACAGUAGCCGAUCAAUAAUCAAUAAGCCUUUAUGAUCAAGUUUUGGAGGUGAUAAACGUUCUUCUGGGAUCCUCGCAAAAACCCUCGAAAGCAUUACACAGUCACAAGAUCUGACACGAUUCAAUCUAUGCAUUGGAAAAAACUACAUAAAGUCAUUAUUGAACAAUCUGAGACCAAAGGAG